CCAUGGAGUGUGACCGGGAGACGCACGGAGAUGGAAAAGGGAGGGCGUAUGCGGUCCCACGUGUUCUUAUCACCGCAGACUGUUCUGUUCUUUUUCUAUCCACCGUUUCCAUCACUGAAGGGGCAGUGAAGACGGACAGCAUACACGCACACCUCGCAGGAAAACAUGUACACAAAUCUGCCCCCAUUUCCAAUCUUUCUGAAUUUAUUGAUUCAAUUUUAUUUAUCUAUUGACGCAUAUACCCGUUUUCAGUCAUAACGAGGCUGAUCAGCGAUUAUUUGUGUGACUAAAAGCCUUGUCGGGGAGAUGACAGAGGACCGUAAAAGGUUUAAUUGCUGCUUUGAUUUUUGUUAACGCAAACGGCUGUGCAUCCUUGCUUUUUAUUUUGAAGCUUUAUUCCGCUCACUUCAUGCAAAUCCAGGGGACUAUGUGAACAUCAUGCUGGCGGUUCGGUGCUUGCUGUUUGCUGCAGUGAGCGCAAGGUUUGCCGUGACAGGAUGGAAGCGCUCCGCGAUGCGGGAUGCGGGCGUAUGGGAUUGGGCCGGCUCGCAGGACCGAGGGGGGCACGGCGCGGCAGCUGAAGAAGUCACCAAACCCAAACGUCUCUUGCAGCAGAUGGGCUCCGAAGGGGAGAUUAUUCACGGCCAUCUGGAUACCAGGGUGAAGAACCACACCAAGGGCUCGCAGCCCGUCCAUCUGGCCCAGACGAGUUUCCAGUUGGAGGCCUUUGGGAAGUCCUUCAUUCUGGACUUGGAGUUAAACCACAAUCUCUUGUCCUCAGACUAUGUGGAGCGGCAUUUUGGCGAAGAUGGGAAGCCUUCACAGAUUGCGGGAGGGGAGCACUGCUACUACCACGGUCGAGUGCGUGGCGUGCCGGGAUCCUGGGCCGCCCUCUCUACCUGCCACGGCCUUCGUGGCAUGUUCUCCGACGGGAAGGUGUCUUACGGGAUCGAGCCGGUUCAGGAUGCGAGUCAUCAGACUGAGCUCGACCAUGUGGUGUACAGGAUGCCGAGUCUGGAGCUGACCCCCUCUUGUCCAGGCUGCGCACAAAAUAGCACUGACAGUUACAGUGACAGUGACAGCGAUGGUGAAGGGGAAGGUGACAUCUCACUGGGGGAGGCCUUGGGUACAGAGGGACUGAGACGUUCCAAGAGACAGGUUCGCUGGACCCAGCACACAGUCCAGAGCGAGACAAAGUAUAUCGAGCUGAUGGUAGUCAAUGACCAUGAACUGUUUUCCCAGCUACGCAAUUCGGCAUCCCAGACCAGGAACUUCGCCAAAGCUGUGGUUAACAUGGCCGAUGCGAUCUACAAGGAGCAGCUGAACACGAGGAUAGUGCUGGUUGCCAUGGAAACGUGGUCCUCAGGAAACAUGGUGUCAGUGGGCGAUGACCCCCUGCUGACCCUGCGUGACUUCAUGAAGUACAGGAAAGAGAGCAUCAAGGAGCACAGUGACGCGGUGCACCUCUUCUCGGGGCGUACCUUCCGGAGCAGCCGCAGUGGGACAGCCUACAUGGGAGGGAUCUGCUCCCUUACCCGAGGAGGAGGGGUGAAUGAGUAUGGGAACGUGGGUGCCAUGGCCAUCACGCUGUGCCAGAGCCUUGGUCAGAACAUCGGCAUGAUGUGGAACAAGGAUCGCACCGCUGCAGGAGACUGCAGGUGUCCAGACCAGUGGCUGGGAUGUAUCAUGGAGGACACUGGGUUCUAUAUCCCUCGCAAGUUCUCCCGCUGCAGUGUGGACGAGUACAUCCGCUUCCUGCAGCGAGGGGGUGGGAGCUGUCUCUUCAACAAGCCCAACAAGCUGCUGGACCCUCCUGAGUGUGGGAAUGGUUUUGUGGAGACAGGAGAGGAAUGUGACUGCGGUUCGCAGCUAGAGUGUUCGCGAAGUGGGGGAGCCUGCUGUAAGAAGUGCACUCUGUCCCACGAUGCCAUGUGCAGCAAUGGACUCUGCUGCCGGGGCUGUCGGUACGAGCAGAGAGGAGUGGUGUGCCGGGAGCCAGUGAAUGAAUGUGAUGUCCCAGAGACCUGCACUGGAGACUCCAGCCAGUGUCCUCACAAUGUCCACAAACUGGAUGGGUACAUGUGUGACAGCAAUCAGGGCCGCUGUUAUGGGGGCCGCUGUAGGACUCGAGAUGGACAGUGCAGGGGACUGUGGGGCCAUGACUCAGCUGACAGGUUCUGCUAUGAGAAGCUGAACGCCGAGGGCACGGAGAAGGGGAACUGCGGGCGCGACUCCAGUGGACAGGGAUGGCUGCAGUGCAACAAGCAAGAUGUGUUGUGCGGACUCCUCAUGUGUGCCAACAUGACGGCCAAACCAGCGAUUGGAGACCUGCAAGGAGAAGUGAUCAGCCUCACCAUCUACCACCAGAACAAGUACCUGGACUGCCGUGGGGGACACGCCCUGCUGGAGGACGGCUCAGACUUAGGCUACGUGGAGGAUGGUACGCCCUGCGGGCCCAACAUGAUGUGCCUGGACCGCCGCUGCCUCCCGCUGGCUGCCUUCAACCUCAGCACCUGCCCGGGCUCCUCCCCCUCCCACACCUGCUCGGACCACGGGAUCUGCAGCAAUGAGGUGAAGUGCAUCUGCGACCGAGACUACACCGGCAAGGACUGCAGCUUCUAUGACCCUAUCCCUGACCCCAAACCUCGGGUUGGCCCUGAGAAGAAGGGUCCCAGUGGCACCAAUAUCAUAAUAGGGUCCAUCGCAGGCGCAAUUCUCCUGGCAGCUAUAGUCCUAGGGGGAACAGGAUGGGGAUUUAAGAACAUCCGACGAGGAAGGUACGACCCCGCCCAACAGGCAAUGAUGUGAAGCCUGCCAGCAGCCCACUCUGCCCCCAUCAACCCCCUCUUUCACCUCCACAUGAGAAGACCGUGCCUUCUCUGGCUGCGUUCUGUGUUGUGGCCCCUUGACCCACAAUGCACUGCAUCCACCAUUCCACCUGGCAGCUGAUCACCCCAA